AUCAGUUCAAUUCUAGAUGCUGUUGCUUUGCUUGCAUAUUUAUUUACGUAGUUUAAUAGGAUAUGUAGUGUACUUGAUAUUACACAAAUACACAACCUUCAUAACCACAGUCAUCCGAGAGAAUUUACUGAAUAAAAUACUGAAAUUGUUAUACAAAGCAUCAUGGCAGAUUACAGACUUGUGUGUGCAAAUUAAACGUAUAUACAGGAUGCUUCUACAUUUGCGCGGCUAUUUUGAUAAAUAAAAAUAAAUAAUAUUUUAUUUUAUAGGAUCAUAAAACUAUAACUAAUAAGGAUUGUACAGCAUUUUAAUAAUUAAUUUCAAUCAUUUAAAUUGUUUUAUUAGUUAAUAUUGUAAUUAUAUAAACUAUAGUGUUAUCAGUUGUGACGUGAGCGAGUGUUCAAUAUAUACGCGUCGUACAUUGAUAUGAUAUACAUACAUAAAAUCCAUUCUGAAUAAAUUUCAAUGUUCUCGACAAAGAAGCAGCUCAUAAAGAAAACAGGAAAACAUGGGGUUGGACGCUUCAAUUUUUUACAACAGUUGGUUACAGAAUAUAAUGUAACUAAGUCUCGAGACGCAAAAGAACAGGUGAUAGCAAACUUAGCAAAUUUUGCAUAUGAUCCUAUAAACUAUGACUACCUUUGGCGAUUAAAAGUAAUCGAUCUCUUUUUUUCUGCAUUAGAACACAAAAAUAAGAAUAUCGUUUCAUUUGCUAUUGGUGGGAUCUGCAAUAUAUGCUUAAAUCCAUUACAUAAACAGUAUAUUUUACGAAAUAAUGGAAUUGAAAUAAUUUCAUCUCUUUUAACAAGAUCUGAAGAGUCUAUAAUAUUAUCGUCGAUUACAACCUUGAUGUAUUUAAAUACACCUGAUACAAAAAAUAUUAUUGCAUCACGUACCAACACUGAACGUAUGUUGGAAUUUUCCAAAAGUACAAAUUCUCGAAUUAAAAAUUUGGCAGAUAUCUUUUUACAAGAUCUUUGUGGAAUAAAACAAAAUAAACAAUCUACUUCAACUAUCACUUCAGAUACAGAACCAAGCACAAGCAAUUGUACAAAUACGGAUAUAAAUCAGAUUACUAUUGAAGAUACAUCUAAUACACAAAGUGAAGAUAAGCAAACAAAUAUAGAAACUAAUGAAAUUGCCCAUGCAAGUACGAGUACUAUAACUUUUUAAAAUAUUU